AUGACUGUACUGGGUUUUAUAACGACGUCUGCACUUCUCUCAACUCAGAGUUUUCCGCAUAAAUGUCUUGUGGUCCCAGUGGGUUACCGCACCAGAAGGCAGAUCCUAACUCCGCGCGGGGCACAGCGAGUGUCACGUGCUUCCUCCCUGUCGCUGGCUUGCAGGGAUACAAAGGGCACUGUGCACGCACUUCCGGGCGGAAAACGCCACUUUCUCGCCAUCACUGACUGGAUUCCAGAAGAAAUCAUGAGCACUCUUCAACUUGCGCGCGAUCUCAAGGAAGGCAAGGUUUUCUCUGGUGCGAAACCGCUCGCCGGUUUGACGCUUGCUAUGAUCUUUGCGAAACCCUCCGCACGCACACGCAUCUCUUUCGAGACCGGUUUCUACCGGUUGGGAGGCCACGCUUUGCUGCUGGGCGAUGAGAUCGGUAUCGGCAAAAGGGAAGCAACCAAAGACAUCGCACGAGUUGUCUCCAGGUUUAAUGACAUUAUCAUGGCGCGGCUGUAUGCGCAUGAGGACUUGCUUGAGCUGGCAGCCUACGCAUCAGUGCCAGUCAUCAAUGGACUCACUGACUGGAACCAUCCGUGCCAGAUCAUGGCGGACGCUUUGACAAUCAUGGAGUGUCGCGGGUCGCUGGAGAACCAGCGCGUUGUGUAUAUUGGCGACGGGAACAAUAUUGUCCAUAGUUGGCUAGAAAUGGCCUGCUGCAUUCCGUUUGAAUUCAUUUGUUGUUGCCCGCCGGGCUUUGAGCCCAACGCGGACCUGGUGCGCCGCGCGCGAGCAGCCGGACGCAGUCGGGUAGAGAUCAUACACGAUCCGCAGAUUGCGGUGUUAGGAGCGAAUGUGAUUUACACGGAUGUCUGGGCGAGCAUGGGCCAAAAGGAUCAGAUCGCUGAGCGUGAGCGGGCGUUUGCUGGUUAUCAAAUUUCGAUGGAGCUCCUGGAGGCCACUGGCGUAAGCGAUACGAUUUUCAUGCACUGCCUACCAGCCGAGCGAGGCCGUGAAGUAACCGAUCAAGUCAUGGAGUGCGCACAGUCCGUUGUCUUCCAGCAGGCAGAAAAUCGAAUGCACGCACAGAAUGCUAUUAUGCUCAGGUGUCUUGGUGUGGUCUAG